UCGCACAGUUGGCAAUGUUGCAUGUUCGCUUGAUAAUCUUUCGGGUCGAGUGUCGUGUAUCGGACAAAAUUAGAUCAAAGUAUCCAAAUUUCGCGAUUAUAGUACAGAUGUGCAAUUAAACGGCGUACAUGCGAGCGUCGCGUUUCACAAUCUCACAAUCAGCCGGUCAGUUGAUCGAUUGAUCGUAGUAGCGCGGCGCAUUGCGCGACAGAGAGGACACUGCGUUUUCGUCGCGCGCGCACACGCACGUAUCUCCGCUGUAUCAACUGCUCUGCGUCAGUGUGCAACACCGAGGAAGAGACAGGUCGCGUUGUGCGCGGCUGUGUGUGUGCGCGCGCGUGUGCCUCGCAACGAAAACAGAGUCCGUCCGUCGCGACGACUUGCGGAAGCAAACGCAGCUAUCUAGUGUGUGAUUGCCGUUCUCCUCCUCCGUGUGUGACAUACAAAAUAAACUCGGUGUUACGUAUCGUCAGGACGCAUGAGUCUCGAGAGCGAAGUGUGCCGCGCGUCGCAGUAGACGAAAGAACAAACGCGGAGAGCAGUGUUCGGAGGAGGAGGCGUGUUUCGAGAGACUACUAGAGACGCGCGAGAAUCCGCAUCGGCAAUCGAUAUGACACUCGCAUAACCCACGUAAUCAUGGGUCGCCGUCCCUCCCGAAGGUUAUCGUUGUCCCCGUCGUCGUUCGUAAACAUGACAGAUCGCGGCGACUUGUGAAGAUGGAAGACUGAACGAGGGCGGUGCGCCCCUUUUGACUGCAGUUGCGCGGCUAAAGAAAGACUGUUCGUUUCGCUCACUCGCCCGUUGCUGAAUCGAGCGUCGCCUGUAUCUUCCUCUUGCUAUCGCGUCGCGCAGCGAAAUCGUUCGAAUGCGGAGGGUGCCACAAUGGUGAUACGAUUAUAAUUACCAAUUCGCAGCUUGCCGCGUAUGCAAUUGCUCAGAUUUGUCCUGCAACCGCGUGAAGAUCCUUAAGACUGCCCGUCCUUACCAAGUACCUUUUCAAGUACCAUGGAAGUAGUAGUCUAUAAAUCCUGAACUGUGUGAAAGGAGGAUGCCAGUAACUAAACGCAUUCCAUAUCCUUCGCGAUCCGACGGCGGUAGUAGUGAGAGUCCGUUACUCGUGGAAGAAGGAGAAACUGUCGGCGCACCGCACAGUCCACGUAAUAAGCAUAGUCACAGCCAUUCACAUAGCAAUCCCCAUCGGUCACACAGUUAUCAUCAUGAGAAGCCCAAACAAUUAGUGAAAUACGGGGAACUAGUUAUACUUGGAUACAAUGGUUACCUUCCACCUGGUGAUAGGGGAAGAAGGAGAAGUAAAUUCGUACUAUACAAAAGACCAGUGCCAAAUGGUGUUAAACGUAGUAAGCACUACAUUGUUAAAACGCCCCAUAGCUCGCAAGCCAUUCUCAACACGAAGCAACACUCGAUCUCAUAUACACUGUCCAGAACUCAAGCUGUUAUCGUUGAAUACACGGAAGACGAGGAGACAGACAUGUUUCAGAUCGGCCGUUCGUCCGAGUCACCUAUCGAUUUCGUGGUAAUGGAUACGUGCGCGGGCGGUGGAGAUGGCGGUUCUGCUAACGAAGGACGCGUCGCCCAAAGCACCAUCAGUAGAUUCGCCUGUCGAAUUCUAGCGGAUCGAUCAGACCCGAGAAUCGCCAGGAUUUACGCUGCGGGCUUCGACAGUUCGAGAAACAUUUUUUUAGGGGAAAAAGCAACUAAAUGGCAAGAAAACCGUGAGAUCGAUGGGCUCACAACGAACGGAGUUUUAAUAAUGCAUCCUCGGGGUCAGUUUUGCGGCGGAGAGGCGCAGUGCGGUUUUUGGCGGGAAGUUAGUGUGGGCGGUGGAGUUUUUUCGCUGAGAGAAAGUCGAAGUGCUCAGCAAAAAGGCAACGUCGUAGAAGAUGAGAACAAUAUUUUACAGGACGGUACUCUCAUCGAUCUUUGUGGCGCCACUUUGCUUUGGCGAUCGGCGGAAGGUCUCGCCAAGUCUCCAACCAAACAGGAUCUAGAGGAAUUGGUGGACGCUAUAAACGCCGGGAGACCACAGUGUCCGGUAGGCCUGAACACGUUGGUCAUACCACGUAAAGCAGCUACGGAUUCGACACAACAACAGCCAUACGUUUAUCUCAAGUGCGGUCACGUGCAGGGACAUCAUGAUUGGGGUCAGGAGAAGGACAAGGUUACGAGGAGGUGUCCUAUGUGCCUGGUCGCGGGUGCAGUUGUGAAGCUAUCUAUGGGAAUAGAGCCUGCCUUCUAUGUAGACUGUGGACCACCGACUUACGCGUUUAGUCCCUGCGGUCACAUGGCUACGGAGAAAACCGUCAAAUAUUGGGAGAAAGUAGCCAUACCACACGGCACAAACGGCUAUAUUGCGAUUUGUCCCUUCUGUGCAGUCCCACUUGAGGGAACACCAGGAUAUGUAAAACUAAUUUUUCAGGAUAAUGUAGAUUGAAGUUAUAAGAUAAUGGAAAUAUGUAGAAAUUAAUAACUUCUUAAGAAAUAUGUAAGAACUAUUAAACAAAACUUGAGAAAACACGCGAAAA